AAACCACCAGAAUCAGAAUUCUGUAGUUUAAAUCUGAUUUUAAUAACAGCUGAUCUUCAAUGUAAUAAAGUAUAGGAUAGUCAUUUAUUAUAAAGGACAGUUAGAGUGAAACAGGCUGAUCACCAGCUGAUCAUAGUUUAAGACCACCGCCUUUAGAAGCCAAAACCUGCACAAACAUCUGGAUUCCAUGUCACUUCCUGUCAGGUUUUCACAGCCAUGACUUCCUGAUGGCAGAAAGCUUUCUGUCUCUGAAGGUGGUGGAUGGUUGAGGUCUUCAUCACUGCUGAGGUGGACGCAGUCAGACGGUCAUUCUGCAUUUCUUAAAACAUCCUGAGGGUUAUAGUCCCAAAAAGUCAAGCAGUAGACCCAGAAACAUCUCACCAGCAAUGAGCCGGAGGAUCUGAUUGGAUGAACAUCAAGAUAAGACGAUCCUGGACCCAGAAUAAGACCCUUACUGGUCCUGACUGAAGUCCAGGAACCAUCAGACGGCAUCUGGAGGGAAGGACUUAAUCAGGUCCACAUCUCCUUCAACGUCCACGUCUCCUUCAUUGACGUCCACGUCUCCAUCAACAUCCACAUAACAACCACGUCUCCCUCAACGUCCAUGUCUCCUUCAACAUUCACGUCUCCUUCAACGUUCACGUCUCCUUCAACAUUCACGUCUCCUUCAACGUCCACGCCUCCUUCAGUGUCCACGUCUCUUUCAACGUUUGGACUUUGCAAGAAGCACCAAACAUGGGACACCGAAAGGUGGAACAAAGUUUUAUUCUCUGAAGAGAAAGAAUGGAACCUUGAUGUUUCUGAUGGUUUCCAACGUUACUGGAUGACGAGGAAAUCCACACUUUUAUUUCUGUUUUGAGAUUUUUCAGUUUUUUUUUUAGCUCUGGUCUUAAACUUUAGAUCAGCUGAUGAACCUGUUUCACUUUAAUUAUUGUUUUCUAUAAAUUUCUCCCUCAGUUUAUCUUCUCUUGCUCCUGUUUCUUCUUUUUACAUUUUGAAGCUCUUCUUAGAACCUUCUUAAUAUCCAACAGUGCAAAAUGCAAUUUCUUGUAAUUUUUCAGCUGGUUUGAAAAUCUUGAUCAGUUGUGUGUAUAAUAAUAAUAUUCCUGGAACAUUCUGCCUUUUUUAUUCAUUUUAUUGCCUUUUUUUAAUUAAUUUUCGCUGCAGACUCAGAGAGUGUUGGUAAAUUGGAUUUGUCGGCGUCUCUCACCUCGUCACACCCUCGCCUCCCAUCACUCCCCAUCACUCCCCCGUUGUUCUGCAGCCCCUCCUCCAUCAGUGAUCAGAGACUCUCACUUCACUCAAACACUCGUUAUUCACCACAGCUCUGCCUCUCCAGCCUCUAGUGUGUGUCUGUUCACUUGUGCGUGUAGCUGGUGUGUGUGUGUGUGUUCAGUCGGUGUGUGUGUUCAGUGUGCGUGUGUUCAGUGUGUGUGCGUGUGUUUCUGGUGUGUGUUUGCGUGCCGAUGCGUCGCCGGUGAACAGGUGUCUCCAUCCUGAUCGGAGCUCCAGCAGGGAGCAGACGGAGAACGUUAGCCCAGGAUCGAGCACCGCCGCUGGGGACAGCCGCAGCCUCUCCCUCCCCUGGAGAUGAUCCAGAGCUGCGGAGAGCCGGAGGUGGGAAGGAGGCUGCAGUCGGAGAGAUUUAACCCGAUGGAGGAGCCCUGCAGGCUGGCACGGAUUUGCUGCUGAUCAGGAACUUUUGGCUCAGUUCUGAUCCGAGCUGGACGCUGCUGCUGGUCUUUCUCCAGGGCUGGUUUAGAAGAACAUUUUAAAGGUGAAGAAGCGUCAUCAGGUGACAGUUUUACAUCAGAUCUGUUGCUUUAACGUAGAUGGAACUUCCUCAGCUUCUUCUUGUUCAGUCCCGAUUCCUCUGGAAGGAUCGUUUCUUCAGAUGAACCAGAACAAUCGGACAGUAAAAUCUCCCGUUUGGGCCAGAGGUGGAACCAGAAGGCAGCAGGAGAUGCUCUGAUCAAAGACCUGAGGCCUCUGUUUCAUACGGGAAUCCCCCGAACCUCGCUCAGCCUGGACAGCAGAGGCCUCCCGGUGGUCCUGACCCAGCAGAUGCAGAACCUUCAGCUGUCCCAGAGCAGGAAGCUUCCUGGAGGUCCGGCGUCUCCCAGCGCCGCCAAGCGCCUCUACAGGAACCUGUCGGAGAAGCUGCGAGGAAGCACCUCGUCCUUCGAGGAUGCCUACUUCUUCGGCAAGACCGACCGACUGCGGAAAGCCUCGACGAUGCAGGGCAGUGACUGCAUCUUUGAGGCGGUGGAGCAGCAGGAUUUGGACGCCGUUCAGAUUCUCCUCUACCAGUUUUCGGCUGAGGAGCUGGACCUGAACACGCCCAACAGCCAGGGCUUGACGCCGCUCGACAUCGCCAUCAUGACCAACAACACGCCCAUCGCCAAGCUGCUGCUGAAGGCCGGUGGCAAGGAGAGUCCUCACUUUGUGAGCGUGGAGAGUCGUGAGGCCCACCUGAGUUCUCUGGUUCUAGAGGCGGAACGUCGGGCUGCAGAUCUAGCGGCUCAGGCCCAGAGAGACGGACUUUCUCUGGAGGCCUGUCACAAGGACAAGCAGCUGAGAGCCUGGGAGUGGAGGAGCAAACUGUACAAACGCAUGAAGACGGGCUUCCAACACGCACGUGCCCCGGAGGCCCCGUCUCUGGUCCGUCUGAGCGUGAGCAGUAGCACCACGCUGACCGUCACCUUCCAGGAGCCUCAGUGUCUGAACUCCACCGUGGUGACAAAGUACAGAGUGGAAUGGAGCUGUCUCAAGGAUUUCUCACUGUUAGCUGGAGAGUUGGUGUUAGACAACCUGCAGAGCCUGAAGUGUACCAUCAGCAGCCUCACCACGGGUCGACUGUACUACGUUCGAGUGUCUGCGUACAACAUGAAGGGUUGGGGUCCUCCCGCCUCCUCGCUGCCUCCAUCUGCUGCUCCGUCCAACUGGAGGGAGGCCGACGGCAGGGAGCCCCGGAGACGAGGCCACAUCGAGGCCAUGGAGCGUCUGCUGCAGCAGGUCCGAGCCACCCACACCCACUACUGCUGUGGAGACGCCUCCAAGCUCCAGAAUCCCAGCAGGAAACAGUCGGUCUCCAGAAGUUUGAAACAUCUUUUUAACUCCUCCAACAAGUUUGUGAAAACGCUGAAGAGGGGGAUCUACUUGGCUGCAGUGUUCUACCAUAAAGACAGUCUUCUGGUCACAGCUGAAGAUCAGAUUCCCAUCGUGGAGGUUGAUGAUUCCUACAGCAGCUCUCUGAUGCAGGACUUCCUCUGGUUCACCAAGCUGUCCUGCAUGUGGGAGGACGUCCGGUGGCUCAGACAGAGCAUGUCCGUGUCCAUGUCUUCAUCCUCCACCCUGCAGGCUCGACACAAGAUGCUGACGGCGGCUGGACAGCUGCAGAGCCUCUUAGGAACCCACAACCUGGGCCGGGUCCACUACGAGCCCAUCAAGGAUCGCCAUGGGAACGUUCUGCUGGUGACCAUCAGAGACACGGAGAGUCAACAUUCUCUGUUCAGUGGGAAAUGGAUGCAGGUGACCAAACUGCAGAGUCAGAGGAAGAGUCUGUCCACACCUGAGGAGCCGUACGCCCUGGACAUCCUCAUCAUCACCAUCCAGGACAUUCUGGCCUACCAGCGUCGCAGCACCCACCGCUUGGCCCCGGGACUCUACCUGGGAUACCUGAAGCUUAGCAGCUCCGUGGACCAGAUCAAGGUUCUGGUGUCCCAACGGACCCCCAACAUGCUCUGUCACAGCCGGAUCAGGGACAAUGCCAACGUGUCCAGGGAGGAGUGGGAGUGGAUCCAGACGCUGUCGGCUACAGGUGAGAAGGAACGCAGCGGUAAUGACAGCGAGGAGGCGGAGCCCAGAGCAGAAAGCCAUGCCCCCUUACUGUACUACGAGCUGCAGACGGCCAUCAAGGCGCUGCUGAAGCUCGUCAACCUACCUCUGCACCAGGCCCGUCACUUCCGCCUCUACAGUCAGGAGGUCGUUGAACUCGGUCACGGCGUCUCAUUCCUGCUGCUGCUGCCGGCGGCCGAUGAUGUUUGCUCCGCCCCUGGACAGUCCAACCCCUACAGCCCGCUGUCAGGAUUCCUCCACCUCCCUCUGCAGAUGUUCGAACUCGUCCACUUCUGCACCUACAAGGAGAAGUUCAUCAGCCUGUACUGCCGUCUGUCCUCCGUCCUGGACCUGGACGCCCUGAUUACCCAGCAGGCCUUGAGGGAGGCCAUCACUGACGGAGAGGUGACCACGGCCAAGCAGAGACACCAGCUGAUCCUGGACUACAUCCAGCAGCUGGAUGAAAUGCGUCGUGACCUGCGCUGGAUAACGGAUGCGCUGCAGUCCGCCCGUUACAAGCAGCCUCGCGGCGGCGUCCCCAUCACCUGCCUGGUGGACGCUAGCGCCCCGGAGUCCGACUCCGGCCAACAGAAGACCGACUCCACCUCGUCCACCCUGGACUACCUGCCCACGCCGUCGCCAUCACCAGAGCUGCGCCGCCGGAAAGGCAUCAGCGACUCUCUGCUCGGCUCUGAUGAAGACGCCUCCUCGGAGGUUUUCCUGCCGACCGACAGCGACUACGACUCCAGCGAUGCUCUGAGUCCCCGAGAACUCGACCUGCUGUACUCACCGGGCGCCGAUCUUUCCCAGCAGGCCGUUCACUCGCUGGGCGGCAGCGCUCCGGACGUCCUGCAGAUCCACGAGCUCAGGUACAGCGUCUGUCCUCCUAGAGACCUCCCCCUGUCUCCAGGGGUGAGGGAUAAGUCGUCCCCCCUGCUGCCCAGCUCCCCGUCCCUUCCUUUGUCCCCGUCUCUGUCCAACGCCACCAGGACUCUGGAGGGUCUGUCGCUGUCUAAGGAAGGCUCCGCCCCCCUCAGGGCCCUCGCCAACCCGCCCACCAAACGUAAGCUUCUGUCCCGGAGCCACCGGGGGCAGUACUUCAGCGGCCCCCAGCGCUGGCUCCGGGGCAACGGCGACACCACCGGGUCCCUGUGCGAGGGCGUCUACACCAAGCAGCCCGACCCCGACCUGCCCUCGCCGCAGGGCAGCACCUACGUAAGCCACGCCUCCUGCGUCCUGGAGAGCCGUAAGGGCCGACACCGGGAGCCCCGGCCCCAUGUUCGCAGGAUCUUCGUGGAGCCCUGCAAGGAGCCGAGCUGGGAGGAGGAGCCGGACGGCGGCACCAGGGAGGCUGUGAAGGCGGCUGGCGUGUCGGUGGUCGUGUCUGGAGGUGAGGGGGAGGAGCCUGAGGGGGAGGAGCCUGAGGGAGCCGCUGCCCAGGAAGUGGACUCAGACGACCAAACCAACACGCAGGUGUCGGAGAUCCUCAGCAGCACACUGUAGAACACCUCUGAUUGGCCGGCCAGCAGCCCUCCCAUCUCACACCUCCACAGACUGUAAACUCAAGUUGCUGGUUCAACUCCGCCAAGCCUCAGAACCCAUGGCUUCGACUGUUACGCAGAAAAUAAUCAAUGCAACGAGAAACUGAGCACUGCUUCUCCCACCAGGAACUUUGCACACGACUCUGAAGGUCGACCAAAAAAAACAAAAAACAAAACAAAACCAGAAACUGAACGCUGGUCUGACUGUGUUGGGUUCUGUCGGCAUGGAUUCUGCUCUACUUGAAGUGAAUGUACAGUCCGUCUGUUCGUGGUCUCCUGUGACGAUUGAGCUUUUAGUGUCAACUUGUGGUCGAAUUGAAGAAAAAAAAGAUCUCUAUUUACCCUCCGAGCACGUGACCUGCCUCAGUCACCAACUAAACCUGAAAGUAUUUUUGUAUUCUUUUAUCUGUGUUUGUUGGCAUGAAGUAGUCUGUAGCUGUUGGUUUCUUUGGACUCGAGCUUCGUCGUCGGGUCGGUUCCCGGUCGGUUCCCGGUCGGUUCCCGGUCGGUUCCCGGUCGGUUCCCGGUCGGUUCCCGGUCGGUUCCCGGUCGGUUCCCGGUCGGACCUGACGCCGUUUGUGUUGUGCCGUUUUUGUUUUUCUGCUUCAUGUCGUGUUCUGGAAGGCUGCUGGUGUUUCUCCUCUUCAGUUCUUUACUCUCAACGUGCACAAAAACUGACUGACUGCAUUCUGAGAUCCAGCAGGAGUGAAGUUACAUCACUGAAAUGUUAAAUACUUCUGAGCUGUGUCACCUCUUAGUAAGAAGAAUAUUUCCUCUCAUGAACUUCAAAUCAGCUGCUUCAGAAGAACUACAUCGAAAAUUCAGGCCUCCAAGAAGUGAAGUAAACGACUCAAAAACUGUUCAAAAUAGUUUUAAAAUUGUCCAAAACUGGCCAAAACUUUCCCUAAAAGAAAUUUGAAAUCACUUUAAACACAUCUACGAUUAUAAAAUGGAUCCAAAAUGACAUAAAAUUGUUCGUAAUGACUUGAAAAUUGUCUAAAAUUAGUUAAAACAUGUCUGAAAUAACAAAACAUGUAGAAAGUGACUCAAAUUUUGUCUGAUAUUAGUUGAAAAUUGUCCAAAAUGACAAAUAUUUACAAAAUUGCUCCAAAAAAAAAAUCCAAAAUCACUUUAAAUACGACCACAAUUACUCAAAAUUGGUCCAAUAUUACUCAACAGAUGUCCAAAAUAAGGUGAAAAUUAUCCAGAAUGACAUGAAAUUUGUCUGGCAUAAUGAAAAAUUUCAUUAAUGACUCAAAAAAAAGCAUCCAAAAAGACCCAAAUUUAAGUUAAAAAAAAGUUCUCUGAAAAAACAAAACGUGUCCAAAAUAACUGAGAUAUUUUCCAAAAGUAGUUAAAAUUUCCCAAAAUGCCUCAACUUUUGUCCAAUAUUAAUUAAAAAUACUAUCCAAAACGACUUUAAAUAGUUCCAAAAUUUACCAAAAUUUGUCCAGAAUAAUGAAAAAUGUCAUUAAUUAAUCAUAAAAACUUCCAAAAUGAGCCAACUAGUUCAUAGUGACUUAAAAGUGGUCUAAAAUUAGUUUAAAAUUGUCUGAAACAAUAAAAUUUGUAGAAAAUGUCUCAAAUGUUUUUCAAAAUUUGUUAAAAUUUCCCUAAAUGGCUCCAAUUUUGUCCAAUAUUAGUUGAAAAUACUGUCCAAAAUCACUUUCAGUAGUUCCACAAUUAAUCGAAAUGUGUCCAAAAUUACUCAAAAUUUGUUCAGAAUGGUGAAAAAUGUCAUUAAUUAAUCAUGAAAACAUCCAAAAUGAGCCAAACUUCCAGCUGUGGACCUGAAUUUCAAUAAAAAUCUAAAGUGGUAUUUUAGAGAGCGUACUCUGCUGUUAGAAGUAAUCUGAUUACUGUGAGGCGGUACAGUUUUAGAAGUAUUUCCAAUAUUCCGGUGAUAUUUCCCAGCUUCUGUCUGAACGUGCACACAUUCUUUAUGCACACUGUUUUAAUCUUUGCACAUUGAACUAUGGAAUAAAAGUUAAUGGAGGGUUUCUGACCCGUGGCAGCUUCUA